AAAAUAGCUCAGUCGUUAUCAGUGUGUCAUGGCGGAACGCCGUGUGUGUGUUGUUACGGUUAUAUUAUUGUUAUCAACCUUUGUUAAUAGUAAGGUUUUCACACGGUGCCAAUUGACGCGGGAGCUAUUGAAAAAUCAUUUCCAUCAAAAGACUUUCCUUAGUAACUGGGUUUGUUUGAUAGAGCAAGAAAGUGACAGAAACACAUCAGCUCAUAUUGUCAAAACACCAAGAAAGCAAUAUUACGGCUUGUUUCAGAUAGGGAGCGAAUGGUGUAAGGAGGGUAAAAAAGGUGGCAAAUGUGACAUCGCUUGCGAAUCUCUACUAGAUGAUGAUAUAAGAGAUGACUGCGCGUGCGCAUACAAAAUAUUUGAAAACGAGGGAUUCAAGUAUUGGACUAAAUGGGAAACUCGGUGUAAGGGGGAAAGAUUACCAGACAUUGAAAAAUGUCCAGAUUGGCAACAUCCUCCGAGGGCUUCUCCAGAACGAAUGAAAAGAACAUUAAAUAGACAGAGAAGACGAGCGACACUCAAGUUACAAGUUUAUAAAAAAAAUCUAAUUGUUUAUAAAAAAUAAAUAACAUUAGUAUUUUUA